AUGCGCAAAGAUAUAUUGGACAUAAUUAGAAAUGAAGUGCCUAGUAUUAUUAAAGAUCUUAUCUGCAAAGAAUUCCAAGCUAUUAGGGAUAACAUCAGUGAACUAGAAAAAUCAAUAAAAUAUAUCGGUGACAAGUAUGAUGAUAUAAUGAAGUCCAUAUCCGUAGCAUCUGAGGACACCAAGUGCUUAAAAACAGUAAACUCCUCUCUCCGCAGCGAUUUUAAGGAUAUGCAAAAUAAGAUCUCGACAAUCGAGCACGAUUUUGCUAAGCAAGAACAGUGGGUCCGUCAGCAAAACGUGGAAAUUGUAGGAGUACCAGAAAAAAGCAACGAAUGUCUCAUAGACAUUCUUACAAAAAUAGCAGAAAAGGCUGGCCACAAAUUAUAA